GCAGAGGAGUAGGAGCGGCCGGUUCCUCCCAGCAGCCACUACGUCCGCAGCGAAGCUUUUCUUCUCGCAGCAGCGGUAGCGCGGAUUUCCUCACACCGGAUAUUCAUUACAUAAAACACACUCGCGGCUGAAAGCGGCGACAACAGGACGCUUUCCUCCGUCGUGUAUCCCUCCCCGUCAAACCUCUUGGCCGUCGUUGCUCUUCCCGUUUUUAUUUUUUUAUUUUUGUACAUUUCUGUCUUGUGACAGCUUCUCCGUGGCGCGCUCGGGUUUCAUUUGCCGUCAUGGUAGAUUAUCACGCUGCCAAUAACCAGUCUUCGGCCGGCGGGGCGCAGACCUACAUGGGGCAGGAAGACGCCUGGGACCGAGACCUGCUGCUGGACCCGGCCUGGGAGAAGCAGCAGAGGAAGACGUUCACGGCCUGGUGCAAUUCCCACUUGCGGAAAGCUGGUACGCAGAUUGAAAACAUCGAGGAGGACUUCAGGGAUGGGCUCAAACUCAUGCUGCUGCUGGAGGUCAUCUCAGGCGAACGGUUACCUAAGCCUGAGCGAGGCAAGAUGAGGGUCCACAAGAUCAACAAUGUGAACAAAGCUCUGGACUUCAUCGCCAGCAAGGGGGUGAAACUGGUCUCUAUUGGAGCAGAGGAAAUCGUGGAUGGGAAUGCAAAGAUGACCCUGGGAAUGAUCUGGACCAUCAUCCUCCGCUUUGCCAUUCAGGACAUCUCUGUAGAAGAGACCUCUGCGAAGGAGGGUCUUCUCCUGUGGUGCCAGAGGAAGACUGCUCCCUACAAGAAUGUUAAUGUGCAGAACUUUCACAUCAGCUGGAAGGAUGGUCUCGCCUUCAACGCUCUGAUCCACAGACACAGACCAGAUCUCAUUGACUACGACAGUCUUAGAAAGGAUGACCCAGUGACCAAUCUCAACAAUGCGUUUGAAGUGGCUGAGAAGUACCUGGACAUCCCCAAGAUGUUGGAUGCAGAAGACAUUGUGAACACUGCCCGUCCGGAUGAGAAAGCCAUAAUGACUUACGUAUCCUCUUAUUACCAUGCCUUCUCUGGAGCACAGAAGGCUGAAACAGCCGCCAAUCGUAUCUGCAAAGUGCUGGCUGUCAACCAGGAGAACGAGCAAAUGAUGGAGGACUACGAGAAACUCGCCAGUGAUCUGCUGGAGUGGAUCCGUCGGACCAUCCCCUGGCUGGAGAACAGAACCCAAGAGAAGACGGUCAACGAUAUGCAGGCAAAGCAGGAGGACUUCAGAGACUACCGCUGUGUCCACAAACCACCUAAGGUCCAAGAGAAAUGUCAGCUGGAGAUCAGCUUCAACACUCUGCAGACUAAACUGAGACUGAGCAACAGACCUGCCUUCAUGCCAUCAGAGGGACGCAUGAUGGGCGAUAUUAACGGAGCAUGGCACACUCUUGAGGGAGCAGAGAAGGGCUACGAGGAGUGGAUCCUCAGUGAGAUCAGACGUCUGGAGAGACUGGAACAUCUGGCUGAGAAAUUCCACCAGAAGGCUGCCAUCCAUGAGUGCUGGACCGACGGUAAGGAGGCCAUGCUGACCCAGAAAGACUACGCGACCUCCACCCUAUCAGAAGUCAAGGCGCUGCUACGAAAACACGAGGCCUUCGAGAGUGACCUGGCGGCCCAUCAGGAUAGAGUUGAGCAGAUCGCUGCUAUUGCACAGGAGCUCAAUGAGUUGGACUACUAUGACUCGGCCAGCGUCAACGCACGCUGUCAAAAGAUCUGUGAUCAGUGGGACGUCCUGGGAGCCCUCACCCACAGCCGCAAGGAGUCACUGGAGAGGACAGAGAAGCAGCUGGAGACAAUAGAUGAGCUUUACCUUGAGUACGCAAAGAGAGCAGCACCCUUCAACAAUUGGAUGGAGGGCGCUAUGGAGGACCUGCAGGACAUGUUUAUUGUCCACAAUAUUGAGGAGAUUCAGGGUCUGAUCACAGCCCACGAGCAGUUCAAGUCCACCCUGCCAGAGGCCAACAAAGAGCGUGAGGCCAUCCAAUCUAUCCAGGCCCAAGUGCAGAAGAUCGCCCAGAGCAACGGCAUCAAGCUGAGUGGAGGCAACCCGUACACCAGUAUCACACCUGAGAGCAUUGACACAAAGUGGGAGAAGGCAAUGGCCAUGGUGCCACUGCGUGACACCGCCCUGCAGGAUGAGCUCAACAAGCAGAAUUCCAAUGACUCCCUGAGAGCCAAGUUCGCCACUCAGGCUAACGCAGUCGGUGCUUAUAUACAAGAGAAAAUGGAGGAAGUUGGAAGGAUAUCUAUUGAAAUGAAUGGCACUCUGGAGGACCAGCUGACCCACCUGAAGGAAUACCAGAAGACCAUCAUGUCCUACAUGCCUGAAAUUAACAAGCUGGAAGGCUUCCACCAGCACAUCCAGGAAGCACUCAUCUUUGACAACCAGUACACUUCCUACUCAAUGGAGCAUCUUCGUGUGGGUUGGGAGCAACUACUCACCACCAUUGCCAGAACCAUCAAUGAGGUUGAAAACCAGAUCCUGACACGUGAUGCCAAGGGCAUCAGCCAGGAGCAGCUGUACGAGUACCGUGCCUCCUUCAACCACUUUGACAAGGACCACAGUGGUGCCCUGAUGGCCGAGGAGUUCAAGGCCUGUUUGAUCAGUCUGGGCUAUGAUGUGGAAAGCGACAAGCAGAAGCGAUCAGGACAGAUGGUCUCGGAUGAUUUCCGGGCUCUACUCAUUUCUACAGGAAACAGCCUGGGCGAUGGGGAAUUCACUCGCAUCAUGGGCAUAGUGGACCCCAACGGUACCGGUGCAGUCACUUUCCAGGCCUUUAUUGACUUCAUGUCCACGGAAACAACAGACACGGACACUGCAGACCAAGUCAUCGCCUCCUUCAAGAUCCUGGCUGCUGACAAGAACUACAUCACAGCCGACGAGCUGAGGAGGGAGCUCCCCCCUGACCAGGCAGAGUACUGCAUCGCUCGCAUGGCGCCUUACACAGGCCCUGACACCAUACCUGGAGCCCUUGACUACAUGUCUUUCUCCACCGCCCUGUACGGAGAGAGUGACCUGUAGAUGAAGGCGAGAAGAGGAGGGCUGGAUAUAUGAGGGAGGAAUAAGGGAGGGGAAGGUAGAGAGUUGUGCUGUGCACAGAGAUGACUCCAGGAGUCUGCUGUUGGUGGUAAAGGUCCCCUGUGUGUGCUGGAGUCCAAGGCCCCUUUACUACAGGGGGGGCAGAUGCUCUGUUGUGCAGGUUGUUAGCUUCACCCUCUCUGCCUUUAACAGGGGUCACAUUGGGGAGGGGAGGGGGUUUGGCACAAGGUGAUCUGAUACUUAUGCUAAUUUCAUUUUUUUUUAUGAUGAUUUCUUUUGUCUUGCCAGGGAGGGUUCAAGGUGUCAGGUGGAUGGUGUUGGCUUUGAUGUGGCCGGGGGUUAGGGGUUAGCCCUAACCCCGAGCUCAUGGUGGGGGACAACAGAUGAAAUGAAAUUUACCUGCGAUUCCCGUGUUGCUGGAUAAGAUGACCUGUCUAACCUCAGCUCUUUUACUCCUCCUGACUUUUUUCUGGAUUAUUCUCUUACAUGGUGGGUUUGAGUCCGGGAGGGAGGGGGGGGUUCGGAGCGCAUGGGAGUGGGUUCAGUGCUGUGCAAACUUAUUUUUUCAGUGCGAAGAAUGACAAGCUAAAUCCCAGUUGUACAGCAUAAUCGAUCGCAGGCUUUACUGUAUGGUGGAGUAGAAUGAACUUUAUUAAAAAGUAAAAUAACAUGACAAGCAGUUUCUCCAGUCGAUAAGUUUGAGCUUCCGGAAGUCUUCACAUUUAUUUUGCUUUGGCAAUGGAAAAUACCUACAGAAGAACAAUGUAGCCAUGACGUUGAGGCUAGUGGACGUUUUAAUCCAAUGCUAGAAACAUCCAAUUUGGCUUCUGUGAAACUAUUUUGAUCUUGGGGAGGGAUGAGGUGCUAUAUUUAAAUAUACAUUUACAUGACAGCUGCGACUGUAGUAGUCAACGUUGAAGCAGUUUUCUAUACAUUAUUGUACACACGUCUUUGAUUGGCUGAAUAAAGGUUCUUCGAGGAUUUUUAGGCAGCAGCACUGUGGACAGCUCCUCUUAAAAAAUAAAAUUUGCCUUUUGGUGGCUACAGCCCUGCCCCCCCCCCCCCCCCCCCCCCCCCCCCCCCUCCCAUUUCCUCCUCCUCCCCCAUCCUUCCAUUCCUUCAUCUUUUGUUGAAGACAAGAGACAGACGUUUACUACAAGAAAGAAGGAAGGGAAAGGAUCAGGGAAAGAUCUUUAUGUGCACGUUCAGCUACGUGAAAAUAUAUAUAAAAUACAAACGGUGGAAAAACCUAUGCAAUGAUUAUGUGUUCAAUAUCAGACUCAUGGCAGAAGCUGUGGGCGUGGAUCAAAUUAAAGAGAAGGACAGAUUUCUCCAGUGAGUUGGCUGCGAGGUUAGAGUAGGAAGACGGGCGGAGGGGCUGGGAAGGAACUGAGAACAAAACAUCUCAGACCAAAAGCUUGUUUCUGUUUUCUUCCUCUUUAUUUUCCUGCGAGUUUGGAAAGGCUUGAGCUCUGGAAUUGUGAUUUUCCUUUUUUUGUACUCUUUAAUAUCAAACCUUAUCUGCUGUACUGGAAACUGCAACGCCUUCUGUCUCUAAUGAUGAGUGAGUUUCACAAAGCACACAUAAAAGUUUCCUUACAAAAUA